UCGCGAUGGUCGCGGCGAGUGGCGGGACGGUCGACCGCGCGGGCCGCUGCCCGCCGGUAUACGCGUGUCUGUGCGCGCUGCUGCUGGCUCAGCUCGCCUCCUCCUUGUACCUGCUGCGCUAUGUGCAGAGGGUGGAGCGCUCCUGCUGCUGCGCGCCCGAGGAAGGCGGCAGCACGGACGAAACGGCUCGCGUGCGCGUGCCGCGCAGCGCACAGGUGGCGGGCAAGUUCAUCGGCCAGGGGGCCAACGUCGAGUUCCUCGGUACCAACAAAACGAGGCCUGCAAACAAGACGUCCGGGGCCGACGAGGAUUGGGUUACGCUGGACACCGUCUCUAGAGUACCGCUGGUGGCGAUCCAGGGGUUCUGCAAGUCGACGCGGGAGUACUGCCCGCCGGGUGUGCCGGGGUCUCCGGGUCCUCAGGGGCCGCCCGGACUGCACGGCCAGCCCGGCGCCAAGGGCGACCGCGGAGAGCGGGGGUUCCCCGGCGAGCCCGGCUCCAGGGGACUCCCCGGCGUGGCGGGGCUGCCCGGUCCCCGCGGCCCCAAGGGCGAACUCGGCUACCCUGGUCCUCCCGGACUGGACGGCCGAGACGGAGUGCCUGGAGAGCCGGGCCUGGACGGGCUGCCCGGCCGCAAUGGGCUGGACGGGGUGCCCGGCAGGCCGGGCACGGACGGGGUGCCGGGGACGCCGGGCACACCAGGCAGGAACGGCACGGACGGACUGCCAGGGCUGCCGGGACCAAUUGGACCACCUGGGCCGAAGGGACCGAGAGGUAUCGCUGGUCCACGCGGGCGUCCCGGUAAGCCUGGCACCAACGGGAUCCCCGGCACUCCAGGCAUCAACACGUGGAAGGUGCGCGUCAACGGCACCAUCAGCAACGAGCUCCUCAUCCCGCCCUCCAUCACAGGUUCAGGAUCGAUGGAGAGGAAGGACCCAACGGCGGUGCACGAAGGCGACAACGUGCGCAUCAGCUGCGGCGCCGCCGGCAACCCACGGCCGCACGUCGAGUGGCGCAAACUGGAUGGCGCGCCCAUCCCACUGGGCUCCUGGCAGACCGUGUCGGUGUCUGGCUACACGCUGAACCUGACCCGCGUGUCGCGGGCGCACAUGGGCGUCUACCAGUGCAUCGCAGACAACGGCAUCCCGCCGCCCGCCAACAAGACGUACCGCCUCGAGGUACACUUCCCGCCGCUGAUCCGCAUCCACAGGCAGCUGGUGGGCGUGGUCAACGGUUCGACGGGGGUGCUGGAGUGCGACGUGGAGGCGUUCCCGGAGCCCGUCUGCUACUGGGAGCGCGAGGACGGCCGCCUCAUUGAGCCCGGCCACAAGUUCGUCACCAGCCUCUCCGACAGGGACCGCUACAAGAUGCGGAUGCAGCUGAACAUCACGCGAGUCUACCCGCCAGACCACGGGAAGUACCACUGCGUGGCCAAGAAUGAGAUGGGCAUCACCAGGGGUGUCUUCAACGUCUACGGAGUGGACCCCCGGCUGGCGACGCCGCCGCCGGUGCUGGCGUCGCUGCCGGGGGCCGUGGUGUACGGCGAGGGCCCGCCGCCGCCGCUCGACCUGGACGACCUGUGCCCCGCCCCCCAGCCCUGCCCCGAGUGCCCCAGGGCGGGCCGCUGCCUCGGCGGCGACCUCUCGCUGCUCAAGCUGGUCGGCGGCCGGCUCGACAUCCGAGGCUUCGAGAACGUCACCGUGCCCGGACUGCCCAACAGGACCACCGACUGCCUGCUGUACGCCAUCGGGAAGCCUGUGUACCAUCGAUGGACGGACAUGACUUACGGCAGUUGGAUGCGAGACGCCAUGCCGCGGCCCGAAGCCAACGCGGAGAAAUUCUGGGUCACCAACGAAACUGACCCGUACCACCUGUACGAAUUCGCCAACAAGACUUCCUUCAGCAAGGACGUACCGACCAAAGUCUAUAAGCUGGACCACCCAUUCAAGGGCAACGCGCACGUGGUGUACAACGGGUCGUUCUUCUACCACGAGCGCGACCAGCGGCGCGUGCUGCGCUACGAGCUGUCCACGGGCCACUACACGCCGCUGGACGUGCCGCUGGUCGCCAUCAACGGCUCCAACUACCUCUACUCCACCGACCACAACUACAUCGACUUCUCCGUGGACGACAACGGCCUCUGGCUCAUCUACGCCCUGCCAGAUAUCAACAACACCAUCGUCAUGAAGGUGGACACGUCGACGAUGCAGAAGCAGUACAUGUGGAACAUCAGCGUGAACCACCACGAAGUGGGCGAGAUGUUCGUCGUGUGUGGCGUGCUGUACGCCGUGAACAGCGUCACCGACCGCAUCACAAAGAUAGCUUUUGCCCUUGACCUAUAUACGAACAAUCUACAGGACGUGAAUCUCAACUUCACUAAUCCAUUCAGGAGGACAACAAUGAUCGGAUACAAUCACAGAAACAAGGAGCUGUUCACGUGGGACAAGGGCAACCAGCUGACGUACCCGGUGCGCUACCACGAGAUGGGCUACCACCUGAACGCCACGUCAUCCGGAGGUGGCAGCGGGAGCGUCGAGGACCGCAGCGACUCCGACACCUCCAGCGGCCAGGUGCACACCGGCAUCGAGGUUUCGUAGCCGCGCCACCCGCAGCCGCCGCUGCCGCACCACCUCCAACACCGCUGAGUGAUUACCGCGGCGUGACGCGGCUGCCCGGGCACUGGCUGGCGGUGCCCGCAGCGUGGGGGCACUGUGCGCCUCACAGGAGGCGCCUGGGGGUGGCAGCAGGGGGACCGAGGGGAGGUUACGGACACUGUGCUGUUCGUAAGAUGCCGCAAACUCUAGUGGUUUGCAUGCCGGUUUUCCCUCCCAUUCUUAAUCCACCGGAAACUUAUUUCCUUUCAUUGCUCUGCACCCGUCAGACAACCGCGGACUGCUUAAUUGAGCAUAACAGGCUAUAGAACUACGGCAUAUUUAUCGUGGGGAGACGACAGUCAUUGAUCAAUUAUGUUAAGAAUAUUUUACUUCUAGACACAAUCAUGCAUCUGUUUUCAUAUUAAUGGUGUCAAUAACAUAAAACGAUUUUUCGAUAUAAAUAUCAAAAAUAAAUCUCCUUAUAGACUGGCAUAAUGAUAUUUGUGGACAUCCAAUAUCAUGCAGGAAAACGUGUCAGCUACUUACUUUUAUUGAAACUAUUAUUGGUACUUCUGUCGAAGCUGCGUGGAGAAAAAUCUUUUAUAUGCAUUGACUAGUUUUGGGCACGACGUCCAUUAUAAAAACAUCGCUUUCUUCAUAAGUAUUGGCACGUAAUACAACCAGUACAUUUGCAGACAGCCACAACUGGAAAUAGUGAGUGACAUUUACGACCUCAUGUACAGAGUGUUAUCAAUCUUCCUAGCCACGUAGCACCAGUUAACUGUUGUAUUAUGUAUCAGUACAUACGAUGAAGUCAACGGUUUGAUAGUGGGCGUCACGUCCGAAACUAACCACCGUAAAUAAAUGAUUUUUCGCACCGCAGCUUCGACAGAAUUAUAAAUAAUUUUAAUAUUGAUAUGUAUUCAGUAUUACCCACGAUGAUUCGAUAAUGACGUUACACACAUUCAGAGAUGAUGGAGAAACGUAAAUAUAUUAAUCUGAAAACAGACGAUGGAGUCGAAUGUUAUAAGCGAUUAUCGUCCUUCGAUAAGGACAGAAUCUGAAGAUAAAGUUGAAGCUUAAUAUUUUCCCACAAAAAUGUAAUUCCAUCUGUUCGAAAAUCGAUCUGAUAGCUCUGACAAUGGAAUAAACGUACCAUCACAAUUGUGGCUAAGAUUAUAGGCUAAGCAACUUUCUGAGGGACCAAAAGAAGAAAAAGAGUCUGGAAUACAUUGGCUCUGAAAUUCAUCCCUUAAGAGCUAUGGGCAGUUGUUCAUCUUCGCUAUUGUGAAACACAUCUCCUGUAUUGCAAGCUCUUUGCUUUCCAUAUUUUACAGGAGGUAGUAUGGACCAACACAAGAAAUAAUGUCCAGUAAGUAUCGGGUGUCAAAUGCAUCCCGUAGAAGCUAUGGGUACUUGUUCAGUAGAAGAGAUGUGGUUCAAAGUAGCGAGGAUGAACAGGUUCUCAUCGCUCUUAAAGUAUGCAUGUUUACCUGCCAUUUUCUUCUUCUUUUGGUCCAUACUAUCACCUCUGGAAGUUACCUUCCUUACAAUCUUAGAAACAACUGUACCGAUACAUAUAUUCUACUGUCAUAGUUGUCGGAACAAUUUUCGCUUACAACUUCCGAAUCGAUCGUUUCCGGACUAAGGCUCCUUACCUCAAAUUAACACAUGUACCCUUCUUCGUCAUCCCCGAAACUUCGUAACAUCACCACGCAAUACCAAUAUCAUCGUAGAGGACCUCGCAUUGUCAUUAAGUUAACAUGAUCUGCUAGAUUUUAUACUGGGUGUAUUGUAAUUAAUACCGAAAACUGAGACAGGUGAAAGUGCACGAAAAUAGAAGCAAAAACGUUCCACCAAAUUCGAAUCUCCAAGCGACACGUUUGCCACAUAAUUGUGAAUACGGACUUCACUCUAAAUUACUGCCCCUGUUGGUAGAAAUGUAUGCGAAAUGUAAACGUUUUGGUUGUCCCCGAAGACUUAGGCGCAGAUUUCACCCUCGGUCUACCUUAGCAAGAAAUAGAAUACUACUUCAGCCCAUUGUGUGGUACAUUUUUCUGUAUACUGUGAAACGUCCCCUUUGAACAAUUUAUAUAUGACUGUGCUUAAACUGACACACAAUAUUUUGUUAGCGCAACGCAAUCUGACCUUCAAAAUUCCCUCAGUUUAAGCACAGUCAUAUAUAAAUUGUUCAAAGGGGACGUUUCAACUGGUACCAGUUCAAGGAGGUGUCUCGCGUGUCGCCCUCGGACUUGGAUGCAACUCUAUACUCGUCUCUGCAGUGAGAUACAAAUUGUCUAUGACACCCCCUGGAUGAUCUCGUAAAUCUUGAAAAGGUUGUAAAAUUCUCUGCUCAGUUCUUGAGUCGGAUCAAUGAAAGAGGUCUUCACAUCACUCCCAAGAAGGCCCCAAAAAGAAAAAUAUCGAGGAUGGAUGUCAGAUGAUCUUGGAUAUAAAGAUGUGGCCCCUGUUAGACAAUUCCAUCACUGACCAUAUCGGGCGUCACAUGUCGUCGUCUUACGUAAGCAGCAGAAAGUGUCGGUGGCCGCAUACAUCUGCCACGUUCCACAACCAUGGACAGUGGAGAAAUUCGAGCCUAAUUAGAAGAGAAAUUAACCGAAAAGUUUAUAUUUCACAGACAUUUCUACUAAGUAGGGCGAUACUUCCUACUGAAGUCAGUGGCGACUCACAAUCACAAAUUCACAGUUGAUUUGUAAACUCAUGUUCAUUGGCAUGUUUUUGCUUUUAUUAACUUACACUUUACCAACGUCAUUGUACACUGUUAAUUAUGAUUUAUCAGCUACAGCAGAAAUUUGUCACUUUUUUUGUCACGCUAUGUUUCUUCAUAUGUUGCUAACCACUCCCAUGAUAUCCUCUUCAGCUCUUGUUCACUGGUGUUUUUUCUAUUUCUACCACUUAAAUACAAGUAGCCAUUUCGCGCUGUGCUGGUUCAGUGGAAGAGGAGAGACAGUAGCCUAUGUACACAGCUUCGAAAAUGUAGCCAAAUACGUGUGCCAGAGCAGAAGAAAGAAUCCAACUCCCUUUCUGCUCCGCUCCAUACUAUCGUUACAGGUGUGUGUGCCCCUCCAUACCAGUACGAAUCAUUUGAACCGAAGUCGAUACGGUGUGCAAACCGUUUGCAAUCAAGAGUUAAGGAAAAUGACUCACCAUUAAUAUAAAAGACUUAUUUGGAUGGAUGUUAUAUUCUGAUAUCAUUAUUCUUUGUACAAAAACUGUAUUAUAGUACCUUAACAUUUGUAUGUAACCAAUUGACACGACUACAAUAAAAUAUAAUUUACGAUGGUA